UUGGACCUCAAACGACAUCUUCGAGCAACAAUGCGGGCGUCUUGAGCUGCUUUCCCAAAUACUCAGCUAGGCCCUGCUGGACAAAUGGCAGCAAACGCGCCUGGAAUGGCGUCAGCGUCGCUGGCACCUGGACUGGCGCGUAAGGUUAAAAAGGUUCUUGAGAUAAAGACGGAGACGCCGGAGCUCCUUAGCUCGUUGCAGACCCUUUCGACCUUCUACACGGACAACACCCCAGCAGCCCGGCGCGGGUUGCGGACCACUAUCGAGAAGCGCGGCCUGGCCAUCAAUGAGCGCUUCAUUGGGGCAGCAGAGUCGGUCAUCAAGGCGCUGGAUGAGGUGCAGCGCAGCCUGGACGCUCUGUCCGGCUCCUGCGGCGCCAUCAGCGGCGUGGUGGCCGCCACCAAGUCCUCCUCAGCCAGCUUGCUGGCGGACACGGAGCGGCUGGCUCGGGACCUGGAGGCGGUGGAGCGGAAGCAGGGCCUGGUGGCUCAGUUCCUGGACACCUACCAGCUGACGCCGGAGGAGGUGGCGGCGCUGCAGGGCGAGGAGGUGAGCCCCGCCUUCUUCGCGGCUCUGUCGCGUGUGCGCGCCAUCCACGACAACUGCCGGCAGCUGCUGCGCACGCACCACCAGCGCGCGGGUCUGGAGCUGAUGGACCUCAUGGCGGCACACCAGGAGUCCGCCUACGAGCGCCUGUGCAGGUGGGUGCAGGUGCAGUGCCGCAACAUCGGCGAGUACGACGCGCCUGAGGUGGAGCCGGCGCUGCAGGCGGCAGUGGCGGCGCUGCGGGAGCGGCCGGUGCUGUUCAAAUACUGCGCGGAGGAGGUGGCCACGGCGCGGCACAACUCGCUGUUCCAGCGCUUCAUCACGGCACUCACGCGCGGCGGGCCGGGCGGCGUGCCGCGGCCCAUCGAGAUCCACGCCCACGACCCGCAGCGCUACGUGAACGACAUGCUGGCCUGGGUACACCAGGCUCUGGCCAGCGAGCGCGAGUUCGUGGUGGCGCUGUUUGGCGAGGAGGCCAGCAGCCCCGAGGCGGCGUCGGAGCAGAUGGCGGACACGCUGAGCGGCAGUGACGCGCUGCACACGCCCGCGCUGCUGGACCGCAUCUUCGACUCCAUCUGCCGCCCGCUCAAGCUGCGCGUGGAGCAGGUGCUGAUGACCUCCCCGCCCACGCUGCUGGCCUUCAGCCUGGGCCAGCUGCUGUCCUUCUACACCGGCCUGGUGGCGCGCAUCCUGGGACCCACCGGCCAGCUCACAGCCACCCUGGCCGCCUGCAGGGACAUGGCCAGCCGCGUCUUCUUCGAGCAGCUGAGGGCGCGCGGCGACAAGCUGCGCCGCAACCCGCCGCCGCCGCCCAAGGACCUGUCGCCGCCGCAGCAGGUGGUUGAGACGGUCCACCACCUGCUGGAGAUCAUCAACGCCUACGAGACAGCCAUGGAGAGCCGCCCGCACCCCGGCGGCGCCUCUGCCUCGGGCGCCGCCGCCGCCAGCGCCUCCUCCGCCGCGGGCGGCCCAGAGGAGCUGGGCCCCGUGCUGGCGGCGGUGCUGGACCCGCUGGCGGAGAUGUGCGAGCGCAGCGCGGAGGCGCUCACGCCCGACGCGCCCUCGCGUGUGGACGAGGUGGCCCGGCUGGACCCCACCGCGCACCGCGUGUACCUGAUCAACUGCCUGGCGGCGGUGUGGCAGGUGCUGCAGCACCGCGCGGCCGCCAGCGCGCGCUCACGGCAGGUGCUUGAAGCCAUCGAGGCGCACACGGCGGCGCUGGUGGGCGGCGAGGUGGGGCGGCUGCUGGCGCGGUGCGGACUGGCAGAGGUGGUGGAGCGGCUGCGGUUGUACCAGCAGGCGCAGGAGGCGGAGGCGCAGGUGCCCGCCAACGACCCCGCACUGGCCCUGCCGCGCCUGGCGGAGGCGCUGCGGUCGUUCUUCGUGCUGGUGUCCAGUCCGGACGCACUGCCGGAGUUCCAGUCCGUACAGGUGCCGCGGCUGCGUGCGGACGCGGUGGCUCGUGUGUGCCGCUCGCUGCUGGAGUGCUACGAGCUGGUGUACGCCGCCAUUGAGGACCCCACCAACGGCUACCUGGAGGCGGGCGGCGCGGCGGCGGUGAAGCACACGCCCGCGCAGGUGCGCACCAUCCUGGGCGUCAUCUGACCAGGCGGCGGAGGAGGCGGGGAUGGAGGAGGUGGAGGUGGAGGAAGCGGAGGAGCAGGCGGAGGAGGAGGCCUGGUGGUUUGGGAUGGAGGAGGUGGCGGUGGCGGUGGGAAAUGCAAAGUUUGGUGGCGCGGUGUACUGAGUGCGAGAGCAGCCAGGAGGUGUGUGGGUGGAAGGGGCUUGGCAAGAAGGGCUUGUGUUCGGGGCCAAUGCUCAAUGCCCAUUGUAAUUAAUAUCUCUCAUGAAGCGUUGGGAUUCGCGGGGGGCGGUGGCCGGCUAGGCUGUGCAAGGCCCUAAGAAAUGCGGCUCGAUUGGACAGGAAGGGUCAAAGGGACGGUCGGACGAGGCGGCUCAAGACUGAGGCCUUUGGUCAAUCCUGUAGGGACGGGCUGCCGGGCGGGGCUCCGCCCGAUGCACAUCUGAUGGCCUGACGAUAGGGACAACCUGUGCAUGUGCAAGUUGGCGUUGACACAGGGUUUGACAUGCCUGUCGAGGGCCCAGUCGCCCGGCGUCCGCGCAGUUUCCGCCCCGCAUGGAAAAUUUUCUGAAGCGUUUGACACAGCUUUACACUGCAUUUGUGCUGAACUGCUAAUUUGCCGCUUGCCAAUUUCCAUCUGCCAUGGACUGCCUGGACUUGACCGCAACUUGCCACCUCUCACACAGAGUCACAGCUUGUGCGUGUGUGCAUCCGGCGCUCUCAACGUU